AGAUGUCGAAAGUGCCAGAGGCGCUCACAUGGGGACUGUAUAAAUUAUUUUUAUCGCUACGUAGACUACAGCAAAAUAACCUACUAUUGUAAAGAGUCUACGUUUCACCCCAACUGCCUCAACUAUAACAAAUAUUGUUAAAAUUCACAUUAUAAAAAAUGGCCGCAACGCAACUAAACCGAGCACGAACCAUUAAGAAAGUUGAAAAACCUCGGCCGCUUAAACUUAAUCAACGCCACGCGACCGUCGAUGGGCGGAUUACGACUGUGGAGGACAUAGUGUCCUUAAUCGACAAUGUUGCAAUGCAACUAACUAAUGGCUUCCAUGACCGAACGCUACAAAUAAAUGUAAUAACAAUGUGUAAUCAUCUAAAACUUUAUGCUCAUCAAUUAGAAGCUAUUUAUAAAGAUCAGCUGGAUAGAGCUUUUGUGGCGAUCAGAAAUGGAAGUCAAGACGAAAAACUAGAUUUGACGACUAGGGUUCACCUGCUGGAACUUAUAGAAUUAAGAGCCAAGCAAUGGCGUCAUACCGAUUCUAUGGAUGUAUAUUACACACAGAAAUUAUCCCAUUUGGAUAAUGCAGAAGCAAUUCCUGAUACACCUACAAAUACAUUGUCAUCUCCUAUGGCAACAAUGUCUUCACCUACAGUGGCACCUAUCUUAGGACCUGGUGAAGUUAUAAAAAAUAGUGGCAAAUUUGUUAAACCUACGCGUAUUCCUGGGAAAAACUACUGUAAAGAUGAAGUUGUUAUACGUAACAGUGAUUCUGGUAAAGUGAUGGGAAUAAAAGGGCGGCGGGUUCACAUGAUCGAAGAGCUCAGCCAGACAAUCAUCUCCUUCCAGCGAGUAAACCCUGGAGCCAAAGAACGACUUGUCCAAAUCACGGGUACUUCCGAGGACAAGAUACAUUACGCGAAGGAUUUAAUAAAAGAUACGAUUCAACGAAAUGCAUCACCGGUGAGAUUGGAGCAAGGUGGAGGAGAAAAAGGAGCUAUGGGUGGUUCUAGCUCUUCAUUAAAUAGUAGUGCAUCAGAUGAGAGUAAUCGAUUGCAGCAUCAGCAACAAAACUCUCGUUUACGAAGUUCACUCCUCCAUAGCUUCUCCACCAACGACGCCAGUAUAGGCGAAUAUAAAUAUACAGUUACUGUUGGUAACCAGUCUUUAAAGAUCACAGGAUGCAAUCUUGAUCUUGUUAGGACUGCAAAACUAGUUUUAGACGAAUAUUUCUUGGGAGAUUCUGAAAAUUUCACAAGUGGUAUAGAAUACUUCAAUUUUGAAGAAGAAUCUCCUUAUUCGAUCUCGUCUUCCAGUACACAAAAAACAUCACUAACUCCAAGUAAUACAAAUGAAGUAGGUCGUGAAUUAAAUAUGGAUAGUGCUGCGACUUCAGAAAGUGAAGAAACUUAUAAACCCCAUAUAUCUGAAAUAAAUUCAUCAGCUCAGGAAGUUCCAGAAGUUAGAGAACUCACAUAUGAGUUUUUAUUGCUGUGUUCAACAGGCCCUUAUGCUAAACGGCCGCCUGCAGAUUGGGCUCGCAUUCAGAAGGAAUGUCCCAACAUUGUUCGCAAGGAACCGAUUCGCUGGUUCGAACCGGAGACAUAUAAAGCUAAGAUAGCAGCUGGUCUUGUUUCAGUAUUGCCGAUUGGAGAAGGAGAAACUGAUCCAGAAUGAAAUUGGAAAGUUUAAUAUUUUGAUCAUCAUAAAAUUGUAUGUAUUAAUCUACAUCGAUUUUUAUGUCGAUGUAUUGUGAUAACUUUUCAAAAGUAAACUUGGUUUAAUGUUCUGAAAUGAAUGAAUACGCAAUAUAUACGAGCUCACAGAUGAAUACACAACAAUUUGUGAGUAACA